UUCGACCAGAUCAAACACGAAGUGCCGACGACGUCGAACGAGUACACGAUAAAAACUAAACUACACUACAUAACAAUCACGGUUGAAGUCCCUGAUCGAACUAACUUAUUCCCAUCAGCAGUGUUAUCCAUAUGUUUAGAUUUUGAGUCGUUCUAUAUCACGGAACAAGAUAAAUAAGCUCGAGAUUCUAAGUCGAUCGAACAAUUUACGGCUGGAUCAAAUCAAGCAAGAUGGCUACGUCUAUGAAACAAGAUCGACGUGUGAGUGAACUUAGAGGAGUAAUGGUUCCCAGUGAUAUGGUACAGGUAGAGAUGCACAGGGUUCCCAGUGAUAUGGUACAGGUAGAGAUGCAAGCACCUCGUAAUUCACAGUUGUUGUUGGGUGUGGAUGAACGAAACGUUGGACAAAGAAAUAAACAAGUUCGCACUGCGGGAGUCACCAACUCGUCAAGAUGGACAGAUGUUGAGACUCGUCAUCUCCUAGAAGUUUGGGGAAAGCGUUAUUCCUCGCUCCGAUUCAAGAAGCGUAACUUUAAAGAUUGGGAGAUCAUCGCUAGGGAGUUUAACAAAAGAUGUGAGACGUCCGGGAUAAUAGGACUGGGUCCGCGGAUGGGUGCACAGUGCAAGAUAAGAAUCAAGAACAUAAUUGCAGAUUAUAAGAGAAUGAAAGGACAGUAUUCUGGGCACAACAGUCGCCAGUUGUUCCCUUUCUUUGAAACUAUUGAUCAAAUCAUUGGAAACUCCAAACAAGGGAGAUCCCAUCAGGCCAAUGAGCAGUACAGUAGGGAAGAAUUCAAGGCAGACGAGAUCGUACAUCUUGAUCUCCCGGAGGAAGCAACAGAGCAGCCCACCUCAGGGGACGUAACAAUAGCAACUGCAGCAAUCGCAGUUCCGGUCUCUGCAGAUUCCGUACCAGAAAACACAACGGCUAUUCAUGAGCAGAAUUCAACGGUGGGCACCUUGGUGGGCACACAUAUGACGAAGCCGGUAUUAUCAUUUUCUACAACACCAUCCUUUCAUCCCAACACAAGCGUUACUGUGAACCACGUCCCGUUACCUUCCCCACAAGCAAGCGGGAUUGUUACUCAGUUUAACGUAACAAACCCCGAACCAAGGAGAAUUCCAAGCUCGUUUGCAGUGUCAAGCCAGCUUCAAACUUUUAAACGAAGUUCAACUGGGCAACCUUACACGAAUACUUUGCAAAAGAAAAAACUCCGCAAAAAUCCACGUCCAGUGAAGGUCGUUAAAGUGUCAAGGCAAGCAGCAGAAGACGAUAAACUCUUGGCGAUUGUUAGGGAGUUUAUGGAAGAGAGGCGAAAGCGUGAGGAGGAACUUUUUCACAAGCUCUUCCAGCAGCAAGCAGAAGCAGAGAAAAGAUACCAAGAGUUUACUCUUAAUGUUAUCAAAGAAAUUGGCCGUCUCUUUCGACCAGAGGCUGGGAACUAGUUCUGCGUGUUUAUCGUAAUAUUCUUUGUAUAUCAUUGUAUAUAGUUAUAAGCUCAUGCUUCUUUACAUUAUAAAUCAAUAGACACCUUCACAUUUCCCUGCGCCUUCUUGAAAGGUAACAGUGCCUGUGCAUCGAAGCGAUAACGGUGUUAACUUAGUAAUGGUAGAGACGAAAUAAUUGUUCAAGGUGUUAAAACUGAAAGGUACUAUGAUUGCAAGGUCACCGCCAUUCUCGCUUUGAUGCACAGGCACAGUUAUCUUUCAAUACGGCACAUGGAACACUGAGGACACUCGAACUGUGAACACUUCGAGUUUUGCAGGUUAUUAUCGACCUGAAUAUAGACCUUA